AUGAAACCACAAAUCAAUUUAAUAAAUAGACAAGCAGCAGUUGCAGCAUCAUUAUUUAUAUUAAUUUUAAGUAUUGGAGUCGAUGCAGGAAGUAGUGUCAUUAAGAUUAAACAAGAAUCCACGACAUCGCCACACACAGACGCAGACAGCAGCAUUCCCGGUGUGGCAAUUUACAAAAAUGAGUUGCAUGCCGCUCCAAAAUCCGACCGACAAGAGCAACACGAUCACAUUUUCGGUAAAGUAAGACGUUUCAAAGGUAAAUCGGUGCCUUUUCCUUCCGUUGACGAUAAAGACGACGCCGACAUCGACGACGAAUAUGUCGAUAUUGAAGAUGAAGACAUCGCAGACGAUGAUGACGAUGACUACAAUUCAGACUACCACCAAAACAUUCCCCAUCAAACAUUUUCAAAGCCACAUUACACGUCGAAGAUACAAGAAACGCACGAAAUUCGCAUCAAACAAGGCCGAAUCAAGGGACUUGUCCGUGCGAUGCACCCACAAUCGGGAUUAUCGAAUGUCGAUCAAUUUCUCGGAAUUCCGUAUGCCGAAGCGCCCGUUGGUAGCAGACGCUUCAUGCCACCCGGAGCACCUCCGCUGUGGCAAAAUGUCAAAUUAGCGACGAAAUUUGCACCAGUCUGCCCGCAAAACUUGCCGAACAUUAACGAUCCGACAAAUACGUUGUCCAAAGGGAGAUACGAUCAGAUAAAACGUCUCUUGACUUACUUGAAGAACGAGAAUGAGGAUUGUCUCUAUUUGAAUGUCUAUGUGCCAUCGUGGGGUGAGUUUUUCUUAUUAUCGUCCUCGAAUGGUCACAUGCCGCACACCAAGCUACCUGUCGUCGUUUACAUCCACGGCGAGUCUUAUGAAUGGAAUAGCGGCAAUGCGUACGACGGCACGAUACUGGCCAGCUACGGACAGGUCAUUGUUGUUACAGUUAAUUAUCGCCUCGGAAUUUUAGGAUUUCUGAAGCCGGGUUUUAGCGACCAUACUGUGAGUAAUUUUGGUUUGCUCGAUCAAAUUGCGGCCCUGCAAUGGAUUAAGGACAACAUCGAGGCAUUUGGCGGCGAUAAUAAAGCUGUGACGUUGAUGGGUCACAGUCAAGGUGCCGCUUGCAUCAAUUUUUUGAUGAUUUCUCCCGUGGCCAAGGGAUUAUUUCAUCGCGCAAUUCUCAUGUCGGGCUCAGCAUUGUCGGACUGGGCUCUCACAUCGAAUCCGGUGUCGCCGACAGAGCAAGUAGCACGACAACUGAACUGUCCACUCGAUGAUGACUUGUUACUGCGAUGCCUUCGACAGACGCCUGUCGAGGAGCUGAUGCGCGUGAAUGUUUCUACAACGAAUUUCAGUACGACCUUCGGCCCAAUCAUCGAUGGACUCGUGAUUCCCAGUGCGGCACACACCAUAAUGGCGCAAAAUCCCGAUGUGUUCAGCAGAUAUGAUUUGUUGUACGGAAUGACGGAAUUAGAAUCUUACCAUUCGCUGAAUGCAGUUUCGCUAACAUAUGGCAUAUUAGCGAAUGAGCGUGACUAUACGCUCAAGUUGUACAUGCAAGAUCGCUUCGGGAUGGGACGCGAUUUAGCGUUAGCGGCAACCUUAAAGGAAUAUAACGAUAUUUACUCGGAUGAUCCAACGAAAGCCAUUGCGGAAGAGCAUCGUGAUACUUUGCUUGAAAUAUUAUCUGAUGCACGAGUAACAGCGCCAUUAGUUCAAACAGGCUUGUAUUUGUCAAAGGUAAAUCCGAGAUGCUAUAUGUAUGUUUUUUCUCACAACACGGAAGGUGGCGAAUAUGCACGUAUAUCACAAAGUAUCGCAGGGGAAGAGUUACCGUACGUAUUUGGAGCCCCCUUGGGGUUCAUGAGCACCUUCCAGCCGUACUUUAAUUCGCAAGAACGCUUGUACUCCGAGGCAAUCAUGAAAUACUGGACAAAUUUCGCGAAAACGGGCAAUCCAAAGGCACCGUGGCGCGACAACUUUUUAAAUAUGGAACCGCAAGAUUGGCGGCACUACGAUGUCGAUUGGCCCGAAUUUAAUCCAAUUAAUCAAAGUUAUCUGCAUUUGGGCAUAACGCCAAUCGUAAGUCAUCGUUACCGUUACAAAUAUAUGCGCUUUUGGAAUCACGAAUUGCCGAUCGAGUAUAAUAAGCAGUUGCAAUUAGCACCACCGCCAUCGCCGCCAUUAGUGCAUCCAAAGGUACUUCCGCCUCCAUUUAUUGACUUUACGACGAAAUAUCCGCCGGUGGUGGUGCGGAGACCUACUGUAGGUGGUAGCGGCAACAUAAAUGAAGGUCAAAUGAACUAUUUUGCGCCGAAGACACGAAGACCCUUGAAGCACGACGAUCCCUUUCGUGCGUUACAUGAGAAAUUGAAUAAUGUGGAUGCGCCUGUGGAUGAACCCGUUAUUAUGAAUUCGCCAUCUGGCAUCGAUUCCCACCAUCCGAGAGGCGAAUUCAUUGGCGGCAAAGAGGAAAUCAUUGAAACGCAUGACAUAUUAAAGUCGGAAUCAACAUUGACGAUGUUAAUUGGCAUCGUUUUGCUAUUUCUCGUAUUUAAUAUUUUCGUUAUAAUCGGCUUUUUUGUGCGACGUCAAAUCACUAAGCGGAAUCUGAAUCGUAAAUACAGCCAGAACAUGUUUGACGCAAUGACGGACGAAAAAAGGUCAAAGUAUAAUGAAACGGAUGAUAGCUACAUUAUGGAUAUAAUUCGUCGUAAUGAGAGUAACACAUAUGAGGCGAUAAAAGCUAAUCGCUUAUCAAAUGGCAAGGGAUUUAUCCUCAGUCGUCAAUUGAGCUCGAGCACAGUGGAUGCCCAUACGAAAGUAACGGACUGGAUAUCGCAGGACAUGACGACGUGCAGUUCAAUCGGAUCGAAAAACAGCAAUCAAACGCAAGAAGAGCACCAUUUGAAGCCGGAAAAAGUGAGUGUGUCCGUUGAUGCAACACCAGCUGGUCGUGGCGGAAGUGUCUUGCGACAAGAGCCAAUUGAGCUAAUUAAAUCGCGGAACAGCGAUUAUGGUUUUGCCAAGGACGUCAUAAUUUGUCAAGAAGCUGAAGUAGAUCCAACUCAAUUAGAAGCAGCUCCCUUACGUUUCGAAACUCCGCCAUCGGACGACAACGAAACCGUAACAAGUUUCAUUAACGACAUCAAUGUCACGUCACGCGACGACGAUACCGCGCCACGAACACCCCUCACACCCGAAGAAGCGUUGCUUGGCAUCCAGCGACGUAAUUUCCCCAAAGUAUUACCGGAUUAUCUGCCAGACGUCGACACCAUUGAUUCCUACGACGAAAAUCCCGACAAAUCCUAUAAACGUCUCUCGCUACCGCCACAGUAUUUCUUGAUGCCGCAGUCUCCCGUCAACAAGGAUUUCAACAAGAUACCGCCCGCUCCACCUCCUCGUAUCUCAUCCACGCUGGGCCGACGACCAUCGAAGCACAACAACAGAACAAGCACAUUCAUGACGUCACCCAUUAAAUUUGCGGACGAGCCUCCAGUUUUCACGGAGCCACCGACGCAAGUGAAUACGAUAAAUGUGGGGCCGCUCGUGCCGAAACACAGCAAACCAGAAGCCAUUUACAUGUCCAUGCGACGAAUGAAUUCCAUUCAGGAGAAUCAAAAAACUCGAUUGAAUUUUGACGAGUGCGAAAAUAAAGAAGUGCCAGACCAAGAAAUCGCCCCGGUAGUGCAACAGGAAAAGGUGAAUGGUCUAACAAGGCAAAAUUCCAGCAAUUCGGAUUCGUCAACAGACAUGAAGACAAGAGUGAUACCAGCGACAUUUGCCUGGUUGCUGCUACUCGGCACGACUUUCGCCUUUUUCUACUAUCCGUGUCACUAUUACAUGAAUCAUCACAAGUGGGUUCCGGCCCUCCAGGGUCUCAUCACAUUUUUCGUCAUUGCGAACUUUACACUCGCCACUUUCAUGGAUCCCGGUGUCAUUCCGAAAGCGCCGCCGGAUGAAGAUAAGGAGGAUGAGUUUCGUGCUCCGUUGUACAAGAAUGCGGAAAUUAAUGGAAUUACGGUGCGAAUGAAGUGGUGUAUCACAUGCAAAUUUUAUCGGCCGCCUCGCUGUUCGCACUGUUCCGUGUGUAAUCACUGCAUCGAUACCUUUGACCAUCACUGUCCGUGGGUCAACAAUUGUAUCGGACGUCGAAAUUACCGUUUCUUUUUCUUCUUUUUGAUGUCAUUGUCGAUUCAUAUGCUGAGCAUCUUCACCCUUUCCCUCAUCUUUGUGCUCAAGAACAAGACCAAGUUGGCACAAGUUGAUUGCAUCGUCGCCAUGCUCCUGAUGGCGAUUGUCAUUCUGCUGGCGAUUCCCAUAUUUGGCCUAACGGGAUUCCAUAUGGUGCUCGUGUCACGAGGACGUACGACGAACGAGCAAGUCACGGGUAAAUUCAAAGGAGGCUACAAUCCCUUUUCGCGGGGUUGCUGGAACAAUUGUUGCUAUGCCCAGUGCGGGCCGCAAUAUCCGAGCUUAAUGAAGCCGCAAAAGUAUGUGGUGAAACAGACGUCACGGGGUAGCGGCGAUCCGCCAAUUAGUACGAUAUUGCCGCCGCAGCAAGACAUGAAUAAUCGGCAUGUGGUUGGAAUGAUGCAGAAUCAGAUGCAACCAAAUUCGUCGGUAAAGACUUACACAGAUCAGGGUAAUGGCAUUCGUCAGGCUGGCCUAACACAUUACAGCAAGUUAUCACCUGGUCGCGAGUACUCCGAUAACGACAUGGAAUUGCAGGCAAGUCAGAGUCAGGAUUGCGAACCAACACCUCCCCUGCAACGUCACGGUUCCAAAAGUAACUUUUAUCUUCCCUCCAUGGAUGCCAACAAUGGAGAAGAUUCGCCGCGCACCCAGCAGCAACAGCAACAACAGCAAUUCCAAAUGAAAAUGUAUCCGCGCCACAGCCCAUAUCCCAAACAUCGUCAAAUGGACGGCUCUGGACGCACGUAUACGCCAGACACGUUGUCUCCCGAACAGCUGCCAAUGAUUAGCACGACAUCCAAUUCGCAGGGAACGCGAACCGUUCUCUCGAAUGCGACGCCAACGAUGCAGCAGCGCAUCAAAGCGCUCGGCAUCGCCACUCCAAUUGCCAUUUCUAGUCCGAUAAGACGCUCGAAUCCCGGUACGCCGACGCAACCACGUCGACCCGACUUCAUUCAAGUGCAAAUGAUGAAUCAACAGCAGCCCGGCAACACGUAUUACAACAUCCAUCAAGUCAGCGACGGCAAUCCCGGCGUCUCGUACAUGCCAACGACGUCGCAAGCCCAGCAAAUGUACCAUCAUCAAUUGCAGCAGCAGCAGCAACAACAACAACAGCAGCAGCCUUACGACUCGAAUGGCAUGAUGUAUCACCAAGCGGGUGUCGAUUCGCGUCGAUAUCUGUCCGAAGGCGAGCUGCUGCGACAAAAUAACGAACUUUCGUACGCACGUACGAACAACACGUCCGACAACAUCCGCGAACUCGCUGGCAGUCCGCAAAAGGGCGUCUAUGUGUGGAAAAAUACAUCACCCAAUUACAACGCGAACGAUUAUCCUCAGAUAGCAUCACAAAUGCAGCAACAGCAGCAGCAGCAAUCGCAACAGAAUCCGCAACAACAACUUAGAAAUAUGACAGUAACUAGUAAUAAUUCGAUACCACCAGUGUUACAGCGCUUUAUGACACAAGCAGCCAGUCAUCAAUCGUCGAUAGACAGCGACAACGGAUCAUCACAGCAACAGCAGCAACAAAUUUCCUCGAUCGGUGGCGGUGCCAAUAACGGAACGGGGGCAGCGGCGGGCUCCUAUCAUCCCGCAUUGCGAGGUGGCGUGCAAGUUUUUCCGCCAGCCAUUGCUGCGGGAUCGCCGCAAAUUAAGCGAAAACCGCAGAACAUCCGGCCAAUGUCCUUUGUGCGUGCCCUCGAAAUGAGCGACUCCAUCGAAAUGGUCCAGCAGAACAAUGCCGCCAACAAUGGACAAGGAUCGUCGUCACAGAACACACAAGGGGGUCCACAAAACAGUAGCAAUCGACAAAAUGCUACUACAACGCCAGACCGAACAAGCAUUUACGAUGUAAAUUAUGAGAUUUCCGUAUAAGGUUAAAGAAAAUCGUUUUCCAACAUUUUUUUUUAUAAAUACGUAACAUAAAUUGUUUAAAAUUCAAAUCACACAACAGAGAAUAACCGUAUAAAUAACGAUAAAAAAAAGAAAAAGUGUAAUAGAAAUAAUAAAAAAUUCCUGACAAUUCACAAAAGUUCGCCCAGGUAUUAUUUUAUAUGUAUAGUAUAUAUAUAUAAAUAUUGUAAAUGUAUUAUAUUGUUGUUUUUUCGAUCAUUUAUUAUCAAAUGAAAGCAAAGAAAAUCAACCAGUAACCUCCUUACACAGAAAAUAUAUCAAUAGUUCUCAAAAAACACAUUUUAAGGGAAAACUAGUUAAAAAAUAUCAUAAAAUAUAAUGUUCGACAUGAGAAUGAGAUCUGAUGAAUGGAAAAAUGGAAUUGUGACUGACUCUAAAUUUUGCAUCGUUUUUCUUUUCGCAGUUUUAUCUUUAAAUAACUGUCAACAAAGAAAAUUACGAGCAAUUUCUCUUCAGGUCUUACGAUUACUACUA